AUGAGUGAAAACCACGAAGGAUUUUGCGUGAAAAGCUUCAAAUAUAGAAUACCAGAAACAAACGUACCCCCAACAGAGGACUUUGACUUUGCAGAAGCUCUAGAGUCAGUAUACCCGCUUUUAGAAACUGUAUUCAGUUAUCUUAACUAUCAGGAGCUGAAAAUAUGCUGCCAAGUGAAGAAAUCUUGGGAAGAAGUGGCAGAAACUGUGUUGAGCAGAAGGACUACACCAAGUUGGUUUACAUGUUAUAAAGUGAGAGGGCGACGAAAAAAUAAAGGACAUGUGUUUAAGCACAGUACAAAUUUAAACAAUAGCAAUGUUGGAACAGCCAUUAUAUUGUAUGAUUACUGUAUGAUCAAGCUUCAUGAAUAUAUUUGCCUUCAUACAGACAACUUUGACCUUUCCAGAAAAACUGUUCCUGAGUAUUUAGAAGAAGAAAUAAUACCUCAAAACACAGACUACUGUGUCUUAUCUUGUGCAAAGGUAGUUUCAUGCUUUGAAGCACCAAAGGAACAGAGAAGUUCUCCAAGUUGUGACAUCAUUGUUGGAUUAAUCAUUCCCAAAAUUCCUAAUGUCCGAACUGCCAUGUUUCAUUACAAAGUGAAUAAGAAAGAUGCUACAGAAAUUGGGCAAUAUGUUAGAGAAAAUGAUCAAGUAAAAUGCCUUCUCAUGUUCUCUACAAGAAACUUGAACAAAAGUGCAUAUAAUGGACUGUUGACUAUCUUGAUACCAGAAUGUUUUGCUCAGAUGGUAGCGGUAGGGGGAGGUAUAAUAAUGGGCACAAAAACUUUCCAACACGUCAAACCAACUAAAAGAGUGUACUCCAGUAGUGACAUAUUUUGCAUAGCUUUUAUUCAGGACAGAUCAAUUGCUGCAAAUUUUAAUGCCUAUUCUUAUGUUAUACUUGGAGAUGAUCUCACAAAGGAAGACUUUACCAAAGAAUUGCAGAAGUUCAGAAGUAACAUUAAACUCAGGGAGAAAAGUGUAGCAUUCAGAAUUUGUUGCUCUGCAAAAGUAGGAGCAGAAGAAGAGACUGCUCUUGUCAAUAAAGUAUUUCCAAAUAUACCAGUUUUGGGAUUUAAUGCAGGUGGUGAACUAGGUUGGAACUGCUUUUCUAACACCAUGAAAGAUGGUGGUGAGGAUGGUAUUCAUCCGAAGAAAAGAAUAAAACAGAAAUAUCCAUCAGUCUAUCAGCAGUGGUCAACAGUGCUUGUGAUAUUGACUUGGUCAUAAAUGUUACAAACACAGUAUUAAUUCCUUAGUUGUAUGUAUGUUAUAUUCUUUUAUAUAUUUAUGUUUGCUGAUAUUUAUUUGUUCAUGUAUCUCUAUGUAUUUUGGUGAAAGUAUUUUAUUUUGGUUAUUUUACUAAACAUCAAUUUUUAAAAACUGUCUCUGCCAUUUAAAAAUUGAGAAUGCAGCACCUUGACCGUCAAAUAAAAUCAUAUAGAACGGACGAUGAUUUGCUUUCAACAAAUAUGGUGAGAACCAAAUUUUGCUGACGGGCGCGAGUUCAAUGUGUACGAGAGAGCAGCAGGAGAAGUGUUCUAGGCACAUAUUGUGUUAGAAAAAAUAGAAGCCCGAUGGAUAGCGAAGCUCAUCGCCACGUUGUCUAGCAACGAUGACGCAGAAGAUCGUGCAAUCUGCUACUCUGUAACAAUUUUAGCGUUCGUAAUUUAUUGUUUGACGUACAUGUUACUUGCGAUCGGAAAUAGAACAGCAUAAUCCUUCUGAAACGUCAAAAGUGUGCUUUUCUUCCCGAGCUCAAAACCUUGGGAAUAAGAGUUCUGUCACUUGUCAUUCUCAUGGUUCAUUGUUUGUUUAUUUCAUUUGGUUUUCAGAAACUGCUCAAAAUUGGC